AUUUCCAGUCUUGACACUCGAAGCACUGAAUUCGUACCUCACAACACCUUUCGUAAUAGAAAGUAUUUCGAGGACCAUAUUUUCAGAAUUCCAGUGUGUCAAAUUUGUAAAAUUUGCAUUUAGUUUUGAAGACACCUUCCCUAAUUCCUGAGGACUGAAUUAGGGGGACGAGGCUGACCAUGGUACUUUGACAUCAUACUCAAAACAAGUAGACCCCACUCUAAACAUAAGUCUUUUAAUGAGUCGAUAUCAUCACACUGAGUUUUUACAUUAUCUUUAAUUAAUCGGUGUUGAUUAAGUGCCAGACAUGCUUUAAUACCAGGAGCAUUUUGCUGAUUGUUUACCGAUUGCCAAUCCAUCAUCUAAUUAGCAAAAUACAGGCAACAUUCUGCAAACAAAUCGUAUCGUUUCAUUUGCCUGGGCUGAGCAAUCAUAAGCAGGGACAUGGAUGUAUCACACAGAGUUAGAAACUGAAGAUUGGUGUCAACCAAAGAAAUAACCAACCUUGGUGAAGCAAUAUUACAAUAUUACGAAAAGGAAACCAGCUUUAGUGAGGCCACAAUAUUACGGAAAGGACCUAGUCCUCAGAAACAACAGAACUGAAAUGCUACACAAGUGGAGUAGGAAGUUUGAACCGGAUACUUCAAUGACAUAACAAAUAUAUCUUGAGUGUCCAGGAGAAGAUUUGAACCUUACUUUACAGAUUUACACUAAAGCUGCCAACAUUGUUGGUAAAAGUCCAAGGUCCACUUUUCAUUAUGUAUUCUUGAUGACUAAGUUUGAAAUGGAUAUCGAAAGCAUGUAGUCAGUUGAAUUCAAUCAAACAGUGACGAACAUUCACAAGAUGAGAUUUUUCAAAAUGUUCAGGCAUAAAUGUUAUUCCCAGGAUGGGCCAACUACAUUUAAGGUGUUACCAAAACUGUUGAUACCAAUUCUCAGAGUCAAUGUUUCCAUUUUUUAACCCACAAUCACUUAAACACUUUGGAUUUCAAUUCAACCAAUAUGGACGAUAAUAACAGAUCGGACACAAACUGCACCGACAUUGACAAUGCCUACCUCCGAAUCUUUGACAAUGAGACGUUCACAAUGGACCUAGUGGUCCGAUUCCUCAUCAGCCUGCCGCUAAACUCGACCGGGAUCAUCCUGAAUAUCCUCUGUUUCUUCAUAGUAGGACGGUUAAAGACUGGACUACGCUCAACAACGCGGGCGCUCCAGGUUUUAGCACUGACGGACGCAUUCUUUUUAAUGAAUAGCAUCAUGACAUUCGUUUUACCAUCAAUUCACGAACACACCGGAUUACUUGCAAACUACUAUUUUCAUUUUUACAUGCCCGGGUUCAAGUUCAUCCUUUUCUGUUAUACAUAUUCGCGGAUCGUGACCCUGUGGAUGGUCGCAGCUGUGACCUGCCAGCGUUAUUUUGCGUUACGUAUGCCGCUAAAAGCCAAAGCAUUUUUAACCUCACGAUUGUUAUGCAUUGUGGUCAUCGCCAUUGUCUGUGUGGCAAUUGCAUUUUCAAUUCCAGUGAUAUGGAAAGUAGAAUACGGGACUUGGCUGGACUGUAGAACGAACAUAACAUACCAAGGACCUCGAGUUGUACUCACUGACCACACCGGCCACGGAAAGGGACCCGCAUACUUCAUUUUGGAGGCCCUCUUUAACACACUUCUUCCAAUGAUAAUAGUGUUCGUCCUUAACAUAUCAUUGAUCAAACGCUUGAAAAUAGCGUCAAAGCGUUUAAAAGAAAAGACAAAAUCUGAAGCAAAAAGUAAGGAUGUGACUCUCCUUUUUGCGGCUCUAGCAACAACGUUUGUAAUCUGCACACUUCCGGAAGUGAUUUUCAGAAUGAUCUACAGUAUUGAUACAUUCGUUUACCAAGUGUUAAACCCAAUAUAUUCAUGGCGAUUCAUGUUGAUUUCUAAUCUAUUUCUAGAUCUGAACUCGUGUGCUAAUAUCUUGGUGUAUUAUGUCGCCGGAUCGCAGUUUAGGAAAGCUGUGAAGGAUUUUAUUAGAUGCGGGAAAAAGGAAUAUAUCCGACCGUCUUAUUCGUCUAGUCAGGAGUUGUCCUCCCCGGCAAAGAAUGCAAUUAUCAAGACGAACUUUUAGGAUUUUCAUCGAGGAUAGCGUCUAUCAACAAAAUCUAUUAAGGACACUAGUUUAGGUGGUCACCUCUUUCUUAAGGACACCACUUGUCAUUCUGGAGGGUGCCCUAAUAGAGAGGUCCUACUGUAUUUCCAAUCUAUUUUCAUUCAGAUGAAGAUGGAGGACUGUCAUGAGGAGAAUGUCCAAAAAAACAAUUUCACGUACGGCAGAACUUUUUUGGUUUGAAAAAGCUGAAAUAAAGUUGUUAUCUACCAUAAUCAAACUUGUGAAAAUGUUAUAUAAUAGGCCUAUAGACUUUGGCGAAUUGCAAAAAUAAGAGGUUUAAAAAUAUAUGGGUUUACAGAAGAUCAAUAUUUCUU